AUGGAUGAUAGCGAUGGAGGAACCUGCUAUUUCAAGCGCGUUGGCCAAGACGACUGCUGCUGCGAACUGGAGAACGUCUUGGAGGAGCGGAGAAAACUGCCGGGAGCUACCACAAAAGCAUCAACAUCCACCGCCCGCCAUCGACGUCGAUUACACUCAGCAUUGAUCGCGAUAUUCAAACCAUCGACAACUGGAAGCAAUGAGCACAAAAGACACUCCGUGGAUAGUACUAUACCAAUUAUAAACGCACCCCGCAUGUCCUUCUUCACCUCCCCGACGCGGGUGUAUCUCACCGCGGCCGCGAUGCGCCUUGUUUUCCUCGUCUACGGCGCCUGGCAAGAUGCCCACUCGGCCAUGAAAUACACAGACAUUGACUACAAUGUCUUUACCGAUGCAGCUCGGUAUGUGUCGCGCGGUGCGUCCCCCUACGCGCGCGAUACGUAUCGCUACACGCCGCUGCUCGCAUGGAUGCUCCUUCCGACCACCUGGAAGGGUGUCUGGUGGUUUUCGUUCGGCAAGAUUCUGUUUUCCCUGGCGGAUAUCCUGGCCGGGGCUCUUGUCGUCAAAGUCCUUGUGAAUCCUGGUUCUGGUUCUAGUUCUCGGACGGGAAUGAGCUCAGGUAGGGCCCUGCGAUACGCGAGUCUCUGGCUGCUCAAUCCCAUGGUCGCCAAUAUCAGUACCCGGGGCAGUUCGGAGGCGUUACUUGCUGUCCUCAUUUCAGCGCUGCUCUGGGCCGUGCUGAAUAGGAAGAUCACACUCGCUGGAUUCCUGUUGGGAUUUGGGGUGCAUUUCAAAAUUUAUCCGUUCAUAUACGGUCUUUCCAUUCUCUGGUGGCUCGACGAAUCGUCUCCGAGGACGAAGGAUAACAGUGGUAACCGGAAUUCUGACGGUGAAAGGUCCUCCUCGGGGGUCAUCGGGACCAUCUCCUCCUUCUUCACCCCAGACCGUGUCCAUUUGACGCUGACGUCCCUUUCGAUCUUUUCCGCUCUCAAUGUCUCCAUGUACAUCCUCUAUGGCGUCCCGUUCGUCCAGCACACCUAUCUACACCAUCUGAGUCGCAUUGAUCAUCGACAUAACUUCUCCCCCUACAGCACGCUUCUGUAUCUAUCUGCUGCCGGUGGAACGGGGACAGGUCUCGGCUUUGAGUCCCUUGCUUUCGUGCCACAGUUGCUAUUAAGUGUCGUUGCGAUCCCCCUGGUUCUGGCGAAGAAGAAUCUCCCCGGUGCAAUGAUGGCGCAGACUUUCGCCUUUGUCACUUUCAAUAAAGUCUGUACCAGCCAGUAUUUUUUGUGGUACCUCAUUUUCCUCCCUUUCUACCUUCCCACGUCGUCGUUGAUGAAGAAGCCCCGUCUGGGUAUUUCUGCUGCUUCCUUGUGGGUUUUGGCACAGGCACUCUGGCUUCAUCAAGCCUAUAACCUCGAGUUUCUCGGUGUAUCUACCUUUCUCCCAGGCCUGUUUCUCGCGUCGCUUUUCUUCUUCGGUGUGAAUAUUUGGAUCCUGGGAAUUGUUCUUUCAGAUUUGGGUGGGCUUGAGCAUCCGUCUGUAUUGUCAUCCUCAAAAGCAAAAUAGUAGUCGGCCCCCUUGGGUGUACAGUGUAGUAUACUAGGACUACAAUAUCAGGGAGCGAGUUGCUGCAAUUAUUAUUAUUCAUUGGACACUGCCCUGCUACAUACUUCUCCGUAACUAACGCGCAGCAUGAGGCUUCAACAGCAGUCAUUUGGGUAUGUAUGUUUCAUAAACACCAUGAUAUGGCAAUGUGUGUUGCUGAGCACUCUGAACGUCCGAUUGGAAAACAUGAAGCAAAGCAGUAAAUGGCAAACCAAAGUAAAAUGUGAUUCUAUCCCACGCCUCACAGCGUGGAAGACAAACACACAAAGACGAAAGGCAAUGACGCUUGCAUGGCGAAGAAGGGAAAGAAAUAGUCAACAUCACUGAGCAAGGCUAAAAAAAGGAAGCAAACAAACGAGAAUCACACAGCAAAUAGUAAAGAUAAUAAGCUCAUGUCCUGCAUUUCUUUCCCUUUUCCCCUUCCACGACUCCAUUUGAUACAACACGAUUUCCUGCUUCAUUCUCAAUAUAUGAUGCUCUUGCUAGAUGACACCAGCUCCAGCCACACAUAAAUGCAAAUGCACAGGGUAAACAUAAGAAACGGAACAAGAUAGUAUAAUAAAUUGGAGAUUUCUUCAAAUGAUGUAAAGAGAUGAGAAUGAUAACUUGAGAUUCCCCAUUCUUUCUAGAUUUCUUCCCCGUCCCAUUGAUAUUUUUAGAUUUUCUGAAAUAUUUGUUCUGUUUGCUUUUGGGGGCUGCUUGUCUCGCAAGAGCAUAAUAAGCUAGGGGUCAUUGCGCUGCAGUGACAUCGGCGACCUGAGAGAAAAAAAGGGAAAAGCAAGAAAAAAAAAAAAAAAAAAGAAAUCAAAAUCGGA